AUGGGGCCAAGUGGACAACAGAUAGUUCCAAUGGGGCCAAGUGGACAACAGGUAGUCCCAAUGGGUUCAUGUGGACAACAGGUAGUUCCAAUGGGGUCAAGUGGACAGCAGGUAGUCCCAAUGGGGCCAGGUGGACAACAGGUAGUUCCAAUGGGGUCAUGUGGACAACAGGUAGUUCCAAUAGGGCAAAGUGGACAGCAGGUAGUUCAAAUAGGGCCAAGUGGACAGCAGGUAGUUCCAAUAAGGCCAAGUGGACAACAGGUAGUUCAAAUAGGGCCAAGUGGACUGCAGGUAGUUCCAAUAAGGCCAAGUAGACAACAGGUAGUUCCAAUAGGGCCAAGUGGACAGCAGGUAGUUCCAAUAGGGCCAAGUGGACAGCAGACAGUUCCGAUAGGGCCAAGCGGACAGCAGGGAGUUCCAAUAGGGCCAAGUGGACAGCAGGUAGUUCCAAUAUGGCCAAGUGGACAGCAG